AUGGAGGAUAGAAAUAAAUUUAGGCUUAAGUUAUCCUCACUUUCUUUGAAAGAUAAUACUAGAGGGAGUGUUGCAUCUCAAGAUCUGACUCAAUCACAGCAUCAAUCUCAAGAUGAUGGGGCAGAUGAAUUGAUUAAUAUCUUACCUUCUUACCAGAUGUAUCGAUCUACAAUUACUAAAAACUUAACUCCAAGUAUUGAAGAUUUAAGAACUCAACCUCCGAGUUAUGAAGCUACUCCAGAUUUAUCUUCAUCUCAAAUGCAUGAAUAUUUUGCAUCUGUUCCAGCAUCACCCGCCUUGGGACCAACACCCAUGUUUGAUAAUGUUUCUAAUGAUAAUAACGAAGAAUCAAAUCAAAGUGGAAUAACCGAUGAAACUAUUUUAGAAAACGCUCAUAAAUUGAAAAGAUUAACAUCUACCAAUAAAGAAAUUUCAAAGCAAUUAGAAGUUAAAAUUUAUCUAACGAAACAUAUUGGUAAAGUUGGAGAGCCUUAUACUAAAGUAGAUCCAUUGACUUUAGAGUUAAAACAAGGUGAUUAUAUUUACGGGUUUGUUUUAAUUACCAAUAAAACCAAAAAUGUUCUACCAUUUGAUAUGUUUUCGGUUCAAUUAGAAGGAUGUGCCACAUUUGGUAAAACAACAAAUAGUACGUUAGUUGAACAACCGACUCAUAUUGAUCGUUUCCUUACCAUGUUUGAUUUUAAUGCCCUGUGGAAUGAUGCGUUUUUAGAUAGGUUAGUCACAGAGCAUAAUGAUCCUACACGUCCUGAAUCGAUUUUUGAUUCUUUUGAUAAUACUUACUAUCAUUUGGAUCAUAGAAAGAUUUUUCAACCUGGAAUUACAUAUAAGAAAUAUUUUACAUUUAAAAUACCUGAAAAAUUACUAGAAAGUUCCUGUGAAGAUCUGUUGAUUAAGCAUUUACAAAUCCCACCAACUUUAGGUGUUUCCAAAAAUGAAAUGAUUUCCACUUUAAGACACAAAUGGAUUGAACAAGGUGAAAAGGAUAUCGACCAUUCAUCACUGAAGAAAUACAAAUAUGCUUCCUUAACUAAUGAUUUUGCCCUUAGUGAUACCUCAAUUAGUUAUUGCAUUAGUGCCAGAAUUAUUGGUAGAGCUUCAGGAUAUCAACAAUUUUUUGGUACAAUUGGCGGAGUCCAUAGUAUUGAUGAUACUAACGAUGAAUAUGUCGUUGCUAAUGAAGACUAUAAAUAUUUAAGGUUGAUACCGGUGAGCAAACCUAUUUUUGAAUUGAAUCGAUCCAUGAUCCAUCAAGAGGCACGUUUAUUAUACACUAAUAUGGUUGAUAAAAUCAAGGAAAAAAUCACUCUUGGGAAAGAUAUAAUGGCAGCUAGACUGCAACAAAAUUCCUUACAACCUGUAUCUAGUGCUGGCUCGUUACGUGCAAUUUCUAGUACAUCUUCAUUACUGCCACCUGCGGCAUUUUCCGAUUUACGACCAACAUCAAGUGAAGGUGGAAUUCCUUCUGGUAAUAUCAGUCCUCCAGCAUUAACACCAACUAGAAGUACGUCUGAUUUCACAAAAAUGCAACAAUCUUAUUAUUCAAAAGUCAACCAAAGAAAUGUUCAUGUGCUGAAUCGUGAUACUUAUGAAGUUUUCUUCCCGGUGAAGAAGAAGUCGGUGUUUGGAGGAAGUAAAAUGCUUGGAUUGGUUGCUUUUGCCACACCAAAGAAAGAAUAUUUUGCCAAUUAUGUACCAUUACCUCAGUUUCAACCAAAGACAGGGAAAGUUUCACCAACUACUUUACAAAUUCCAAUUGAUUUAACAUUCAUGCAUGGUGAUGAUAAACCCGUCCAUUCUUCAUCAUUGCCUGAUUUCAAAUCUCUUUCUGUGGAACUCAUUGCCCUAACCAUCAAAUCAAAGAACAUUCCAAUUCCUGUUGUUAUUCACCCAGAAAUGAUGUUUGAUAACAAGACAAAGAACAAUGGUAGCAGUAAUGAUAAUUUUGAUAUUCUUACGAUUAAACGAUUCCAGAAAUAUGCAGUUGAGUUACUGAAAAUAUUAAAAGAGGUGGGUUCCGAACCAAUAGAUAUUGAUAGAGAAUUAGUACAAGACAUUAAAUGUUUAGCAAGUUUAACCACCAGAUACGUGCAUAUGAAAGUUAAAAAUGUUGGUAUUACCUGUAAUGGUACAUCAUAUGAAUCAGUAAGUACAGUGCCUUGGCAAAAAGAAGUAUUGAAUUCAACAGAACCUGCGUCGGGGAAGAAGCUGACUACUGUUAAAUAUAAUAAGAAUUUAAUGCUUUCAGUUAAUUUAGGCAAUGCAGUUAUGAAACCUACAAAUCUGGCUGAUUUCUGUUUGGUUCCUGAUUUCCAAACUUGUUUAUUGGCAAGACUGUAUUAUUUAAAGAUUGAUUUGAAGUUCCAUACUUCUGAAAAAGUGUCAUUACGUGUACCAAUCGUAUUACAGAAAACCCAAACUUAG